CUGAUGCAUAUACCCAUGCCUAGACCGGCCGUUGUUUUGCUGCUGAAAAAUUGCGAAAAGAAAUUGCUGGGCCCUCUCAAGCUAGCUAGCUAGCUGUUGUCUCUAAGCCGCGCGCGAGAUCGACCCACUCCUUUCUGUAACCCUUGUCCCUAGCUAUAUUUUCUAGCCAGAGAUCGAGAUUACACCACCACUUUUAACCUUCUCACCGCUCUGGCUAAGCUAGCAAAACCGUUAUACGUACAUGUUCUCUUCUGCCACUAGUUCUUUCUCUGCAGAGCAAACUGAUCAGAUAUAUAUAUACAGUCCCAUAUCUAAUGGACAAAGAGGCCGACCACCGCGCGAGCAUGGCCCCUCCUCUCGACUGCCACCUGGUGCACCACCACACGCAGCACGGCAGCACGCUGCAGGAUGAGAGCGCGGAGGAGGGCGGGAUCGAGAUGGUGGACUACGUGCUGAGCAGCCCUGCGCCCCUGCCGCCACCGCAGGCGCAGAUCUCCUUCGACCGGCUCAGCUUCUCCGAUGUCGUGCAGUUCGCCGACUUCGGGCCCCGGCUUUCCCUGAACCAGUCCAAGGCGUCGGAGGACGAGAACUUCUUCCUCAAGUUUCACGUCUUGGGGGACAAGCUGCUGCAGGAGGAAGUGCUUCCUCCUCCUCCUCCUCCUCCUCCUCCGCCUCAGCCGACGGCAUUUGAGGAGGAUAAAGAGGGAGGUGGCGAAGAGGGGCGGCUCUUGGAGAACGUAUCUUUGUCGCAGCAGCAGCUCUCUUUUGUCGGUCAGGCUGAGAAGACGGGUGUCGGAGAGGUGAAGAACCGCCGGAAGAGGCCGCGAUCGAUGAAGACGAGUGAGGAGGUCGAGAGCCAGAGGAUGACGCACAUCGCGGUGGAGCGCAAUCGGCGGCGGCAGAUGAAUGAAUACCUCCGCGUGCUGAGGUCGCUGAUGCCCGGAUCUUACGUGCAAAGGGGAGACCAGGCAUCUAUCAUCGGCGGCGCAAUCGAGUUUGUGCGAGAGCUCGAGCAACUCCUUCAAUGCCUAGAGUCACAAAAGCGACGCAGGCUCUACGGCAGCGCUGAAGCCCCGCGAACGGUGAUGGACGCGGCUGCGCUUGUGCCGGUGCAGCACCAACCCCUCCAGCAGCAGCAGCAGCAGCAGCAGCAGCAGCCUUUUUAUCCAUUCCCUGAUGAUAACGUGAAGAUCCUCGACCUUGAUCCGACCGGCGCUCUUCGCGAGGAGAUGGCGGAGAACAAGUCCUGCCUGGCGGAUAUCGAAGUCCGGCUGCUGGGUUUCGACGCGAUGAUAAAGAUCCUAUCACGGAGGCGGCCCGGGCAGCUGCUCAAGAUCAUCGCGGCGCUCGAGGACCUGCAGUUCAGCAUCCUGCACACCAACAUCACCACCAUUGAGCAAACUGUUCUCUACUCCUUCAACGUCAAGAUAAUCGGCGAGACCGGGUGCGCUGCGGAGGACAUCGCAAACUCCGUGCAGCAGAUACUCAGCUUCAUCGAGGCGAACACUAUAUGAUCGAUGCAAUUAAUUAAUCUCGUGAUCGAGAAGAAGAGGAAGAACAGAUGUUUGAUAGUCGAAAAACUAUAUAAAGUAAAUCGGUCCGUAUUAAUUAAUUAGAGCAUGCAUGCAUGUAUGUUAGUUAAUUAAUUAUUGAGUUACCCAAUAAGAGAACUGCUGUACGUAGACAGCUGGAUGUAAAUG